GAGGGAGCGGUGCGUCACUUCCGUUGUCAGGUGGCGGCGCCGCAGCCAUGGAGGGAGGCGGCGGCGGCGGCGGCGGCUCGGUUGGCUGCGCUGGAAGGCGGCGGUGAGCGACUCGCACGCCCCCAGCCCGGCCCCGGCCCCCCGGGACGGAGAGCCGAGCAGCCCUGGCUCUGGGCUACGGACUAUGGGCGAACAGCUCUGACCACCCGGCGAAGAGCUGAGAAUGAAGCGGAGAGCAUCAGACAGAGGAGCUGGGGAAACGUCGGCCAGGGCCAAGGCUCUAGGAAGUGGGAUUUCUGGAAAUAAUGCAAAGAGAGCUGGACCGUUCAUCCUUGGUCCUCGUCUGGGCAACUCACCGGUGCCAAGCAUUGUGCAGUGUCUGGCAAGGAAAGAUGGCACGGAUGACUUCUAUCAGCUGAAGAUCCUGACCCUGGAGGAGAGGGGGGACCAAGGCAUAGAGAGCCAGGAGGAGCGGCAGGGCAAGAUGCUGCUGCACACCGAGUACUCGCUGCUCUCUCUCCUGCACACGCAGGACGGCGUGGUGCACCACCACGGCCUCUUCCAGGACCGCACCUGUGAAAUCGUUGAGGACACAGAAUCCAGCCGGAUGGUUAAGAAGAUGAAGAAGCGCAUCUGCCUCGUCCUGGACUGCCUCUGUGCUCACGACUUCAGCGACAAGACCGCUGACCUCAUCAACCUGCAGCAUUAUGUCAUCAAGGAGAAGAGGCUCAGCGAGCGGGAGACUGUGGUCAUCUUCUACGACGUGGUCCGCGUGGUGGAGGCCCUGCACCAGAAGAACAUCGUGCACAGAGACCUGAAGCUGGGGAACAUGGUGCUCAACAAGAGGACACAUCGGAUAACCAUCACCAACUUCUGCCUCGGGAAGCAUCUGGUGAGCGAGGGGGACCUUCUGAAGGACCAGAGGGGCAGCCCUGCCUACAUCAGUCCUGACGUGCUCAGUGGUACGUGUGUGUGCCAGGCAGUGGGCCUCCAAGCUCAGUAUAGCCAGGCUCUGUGACAAUCCACUCAGCAAAUCUGUGGGCAGGCCCUGGGCAAGGUGCUGGCGCUUCACUGGGGGCCCAGACCAGUACUGUCCCUCCCCAUACAAAAUGUUUGGUCUGUUGGAGGUGGAAGGCGUAACGAUAACACGAAUGCAUGUUUAAUUCCUCUGAGAUUAGUGCUAGGGAGGAACAGGAUUGCCGUGAGCGUGGAUGAAGGGUGCUUGAAGGACUUUCCCCACGAGGUGACAGUUGAGCUAUGAUCUUAAGGGGAACUAGGAAUUCCCUGGGUGUGUUGUGACUGGGCUGAGGCGGAGGGUCCCAGAGGCAGCACAGCACAUUGGAGCAAUUGCAAGCUGCUCAGAAAUGAGCCUGGUUCAAGAGGAAGCCAGAGAGGUGCGCAGGGGCCAGAUCAGGCAAGGCCUGGCGUAGGCCUCGUUAAGAGACGUCAUCCCUUACUUCAAGUGCGAGCGGAAGCCUUUGAACAGUUCUCAACUGAGCGUGCCACUGUGAGUUUGCGUUUCAGAGCCCUCACUCCCUGUCUUUGUUCACUCAUUCUGUUACUAUUUGCUGAGGGCCACCCAGGCCCAAAGCUCUGUUCUAGAUACUUUGGAGACAACAGUGAACAAAGUAGAUAAACAUCGCUGCCUUCAUGGAGCUGACUUUCUAGUGGGGAUGAGACAGAUAAUACACAAAACAAAUAAAUAACUUACGGGCCGGGCGCAGUGGCUCCCGCCUGUAAUCCCAACACUUUGGGAGGCUGUGGCGGGCAGAUCACAAGGUCAGGAGUUCGAGACGAGCCUGG